GGCGGGGAGGAGUUAGACUCUGCUGCACGAGCACGACUGCUGCCUGAAAUGUGACAAUUUUCCUCCACGAGCACGCGCGCACGCACGCACGCUUACGCACGCUCACGCACAGAGCAUCAGGCGCAGGUGCGUGGACUCGCUCCCCACGCAGCUGAGCGAACCUCCGUUGAUGACGGGACGUUGGAGUCUUUGGAGGGGGGGAAAAACGCCAAACUACAGCGAGGAGGAGAAAGGACAGCCUCUUUUUUUUAAUAUUGUUUUUUUUUUUUGUUGUUGUUGAACCUCCCCCCUUGUUGACACUCCACUCCGCUCGUCUCCACGGGACAAAAUGCACGCCGGUGUGGGAGCCUGCUCGCUUUUCUUAUCCCCCUCGCCAAAUUAAAUGGUCGUUCUACUGAAAUGAGGACCUCAUCUCAGCUGGGUUCAUUGUGAAAAAAAAAGGAAAGGGGCGCUUUCUUCGGCUUAUUUCAAGGACGGCGACCGAGGAAGAUAAACUCAUUAGGGGAAAUAAAAGUGGCCGGAGGACGAAGGAGACAUGGAGCGGGACGACACCGUGAAGGCGCCUAAAAUGAAGAAGAGCAUCAUGGCGAAGAUGUUUAAAGUUCGCAAAAGGAGGGAGAUGCUGUUUGUACAGGUGUGCUUCAUCUGCAGUGCCCUCUUAGUGGCGUGGACCAUGUCGGCGCUGUUGACCAAAGCAGGCCACGGCAUGAUAAUGGAGGACCGUCCCGAUCCGGAGCACUGGGGGAGGCGGCUCAUGGCGUCGGCGACCGAAAAUGAAACGGAGCCCAAGAACUGUACGGCGCCAGCAAUACACGAGUUCCCCGAUGACCUUUUCACCAACAACGAGCGCAAGAGCGGCGCCAUCCUCCUGCACAUUGCAGCGGCCCUCUACAUGUUCCUGGCACUCGCCAUCACGUGUGACGAGUAUUUUGUGACGUCACUGGAGAAGAUUUGUGAGAAACUACAUCUUAGUGAAGAUGUUGCCGGUGCCACCUUCAUGGCAGCUGGCAGUUCUGCGCCUGAGCUUUUUGCCUCAGUCAUUGGUGUCUUCAUCACCCACGGAGACGUGGGGGUAGGGACCAUCGUUGGCUCGGCCGUCUUCAACAUCCUUUGCAUUAUCGGAGUGUGCGGCAUCUUCGCCGGACAGGUGGUGAUGCUGACUUGGUGGGCAGUUUUUCGAGAUUCCUUCUAUUAUAUCCUGUCUGUCAUCGCUCUUAUUGCGUUCAUCUAUGACGAGAAGAUUGUGUGGUGGGAGAGUUUAGUGCUGGUGGUUAUGUACGCUGGAUACAUUCUGGUCAUGAAAUUCAACUCCAGCAUGCAGGCUUUCUUCAUGGGGAGCUCCAAGAAGAACGUAGCCAACGGCAACGCGGCCACCAGCAGUGAGAUGGAGGACGGUAAUGCGCCUUAUUAUCGGGAUGACGACCCGUCAGUGCCCUUGCUGGCCGCAGUGAAACCCACCAAGGCUUACAGCCGUGGCUCGGUGGUGAUGGUGGACGAAAUCAUGAACGCCAGCCCGUCCAAAUUCCGCUUCCCCGAAGCGGGCCUGCGGGUCAUGGUCACCAGCCACUUUGGACCAAAGACCCGCUUGCGCAUGGCGAGCCGCCUCAUCAUCACAGAGCGCCAGAAGUUAGUCCAGGCGGCCAACGGCAUGGAGACGCAAGUGAUUGACGGCAAGACGGACAUCGAGAAUGGCAACGUACCCGAGGACAAACCCACUGAGAAGGAGGAGGAAAGCGGCAUCUCCCCGUUUGGUCCUCCCAAGGGCUGCGGCAACAGAAUCAAGUGGCUGAUCUCGUGGCCGCUGCUUCUGUUGUUGUUCUUCACCGUCCCAAACUGCGGCAAGCCACGCUGGGAAAGAUGCUUCAUGCUCUCCUUUAUCCUCUCAACCGUCUGGAUUGCGGUCUUCUCUUACCUGAUGGUCUGGAUGGUGACCAUCAUUGGCUACACUCUGGGAAUCCCCGACGUCAUCAUGGGCAUCACCUUCCUGGCAGCAGGCACCAGCGUCCCCGACUGCAUCGCCAGUCUCAUCGUGGCUCGUCAAGGCUUGGGAGACAUGGCCGUGUCCAACACGAUCGGGAGCAACGUGUUUGACAUCCUCGUGGGCCUGGGCGUCCCCUGGGCGCUCCAAACCAUGUGUGUUGACUACGGAUCGGAGGUGAUGAUCAACAGUCGAGGGCUUGUGUAUUCGGUGGUGCUUCUGCUGGGAUCUGUGGCCCUCACAGUCCUGGGCAUUCACCUGAACAAGUGGCGUCUGGACCCGAAGCUGGGGCUAUAUGUACUGAUCCUGUACGCCGUCUUCCUCUGCAUCUCGGUCAUGAUCGAAUACAACGUCUUCACUUUUGUCAACUUGCCUAUGUGCUUUGAGGAUUAACACGCGAUGCAGCUGCAGCAGCAGCAGCCGGACACCAAAACAAUCCUCACAGCCCCAAAGUCCCACCCUUCCCUUCAAUAAUACUGGACCUAUCUGAUCCACCCCCACACUCCGUUGUCUGUGUAGUCCCAAGUAUGUCCAUGCGGUGGCACACUUGUGUCAUUUUGCAUCGAAUCUUUGCUCACACAGUGCCAGUCCUUGAUACUCAUUUCGAGGAUUGCCUGUUCCUGCAGUACUGCUGUCCACCUGUCUAUUUCGUCCAUCCAUUUAGCUGUCUGCGGUGGGGGACACCAGAAUUUAAUUCUGCCCCCCUCAACCCACACGUUGUCACCAUGUCAUCACUCUUUCAUGUUGACAGAAUCCUCACAAGGUUUACUGAGAACCCAAAGAGAAAAGCACACACUUUUUUUUUUGGCCCAAGACGAGGGUCUUGUCCUUGUCAGCAUCCCUCCUGCAGCUACCAACUUGACACAAGGAACUACAAACUCUGUCCCUCAAUGACCGCCUGCAAACUUUUCUCACCUCACUUGAUUAAAUAAAAAAGAAACUACUUUUUCAGGACUGUUUGGGAAGCAUCAGUCCAAACUGAAUUUUUGAGUUACGACUGCACUGCACAACAUCGAACUGGACACAAUUUCUUUCUUUUUGUAAUUAUUAUUAUUUUUUUGGUCAAGAAUCCCUCCAUCUUUUUGUGAAAGACAGAGGGAGAGCAUGUUGCAUCCCACUCGAAACAACUUUUUACGCGGAUGACUUUUUGUGCUGGAUGGAGAUCUGAACACCCUCAGCGCUCACUCAACUCGACCAUCUUCAGAUCAGCGGGAUGGAUUUUGGCUUGAUUUUUUUUCCCAUCAACUUUUGAGAUAAAGGAACGAGACGGCUAUCUCGAUGCUGACUGUCUGCUAGACCACCCCCCCUGGCCAGUAAGCGGGGGCGGGGGUGCCAACCACAGCCACCAGUGAUCAGGGACAGCUCUUUGGUGGGGGGGCUAUCGUGUUGAGUUGUAUGUAGAUACUGCACUUUAAGAGCCAUCCUCUCAUUCUGAAUCAACUAGUGCUUCCUUUGGUGCGCGUGUGUGUGAUACGAAUGUGUGUGUGUGUGUGUGUGUGUGAGACUACGAUGAGCACACCCGCCUCUUGUCCGCAGUGCAUGCUGGGAUGUUAAAUGCAGUGUUCCCCUUCCUCCAAACGCAGCGCAAAGGCUGCUUGUGCCCAUCAGGCAUCUCCAUGGCAACCGCCUGGUCCAGUUUUACAAAGAGUAAAAAAGAAUCAAAAAAUCGGCAGCUACCGUGCGAUUUGUUGCAAAAUUGCAAGUGAUGAGCCGAGCUACAGAGAAUUAUGACAGAACUGGUGGGUAGGGGGUGAUAUUCCUGUGCCACAUAUGUCGGCCGGCACUUGUAUAUGCAAUCUCAAUGUCAUGACUUGCGUGUGUGUGUGUGUGCGCGUGCGUGACACGAGGCCCCUGCCAGGUCGCCAUGAUGAUGUUGUUCGUUUAGUACUCGAUGUGUGAGCUCACAGGUGUGCUUUGUCAUUUGUAAUUUUUUUUAAUUUUUAUUUUUGGGUUUUUUUGGUGAUUGCUGUCGAACUGAGCCAAAGGAUGGACACUAUGGUCCCUUUUUCCACAAACAGCCAAAAGGAGCGACGCGAUGGAUCGGUCAUGUUUGGUCUGGACUUUGUCACUUUUUGAGGACCUGGAUUAAGAGCACUUGGGAGAGUUGAACUCCCGCCUCCUUGAAGAUGCUCGUCCAUUUCUAUGCUUGAUGGAGGUGACCACACAGGGCCCAUCUGUAGAUACACCUUAUUGUACUCGUUUGGAGUCCAAAUGUGCAAUUUUUUUUCUUUUGUUCUUAAGGCUGCUCUGUGUGGUCCUAUCUUGGUUGCCGGGUUGGAGUUUUGUCCUCCUUGUUGUUGAGCUUGCGUUUGUCAGCAAGUCUUUUUCUUUUUUUUUUCUGAAGGAAGAAGAUGGGAGGAGGGGGGGGGGGGAGAAUUAUUUGAUGCAGAGUGGAUGUCAGUCCAAGUAUUUAUCACGCACACGCUGUGGAAAGGUGAUUAAAAACACGAGAGGACUCGUUUGUAUUUCGUUCAUUGAAUGCGACCUGAUGCACUGUGAGCUCAAUGUGAUGUGGGAGUUGUCAACAAUAACUGAUGAACAAAAAAAAAAAAACGUCUAAUGUAAAGUUAGUUACUAUUAAAAAAAAAACUAAAAAUAAACCGUAUAACUUAUAUGAAUGUAUUGUCUUGCUAUACUGGACAUAUCCAACCAAUGCAUUUUACUGUAAAGCAAUAAUGUGAAGAAAAAAAAUAAAAUGGCAAAAUCAUUCCUGUA